AUGGCCGGCAGACUCCUCCGAUGCACACUGCCAGCUGCCUCGUGGGGGAUAAAGCGCCAGCGAACGGAGGGCCGUCGCCCUUCGCAUCCGCCCUCGGUUUCGCAUCCGCCCUCGGUUUUCCUCAGUCGAGAUGAGGAGGACUGCAUCCUCGGUCUCCUCAUGCUGUCGGGUGCCCUGCUCGACCUUCGCCGCGGGGUUCCGCCGCCGCAAGCACCAAAGCAGCUGCUGAUGCUUCCUUCCCGAUCGUCGCCUCCACCGGCGGAGACGCGGGAGCAAGAAUCGCCUUAUCUGAUCUCAUUCCCUGGGCUAAUGCCGCUUCUGCCUCCGCCGAAGGAAAAGCAGUCUCCGGCUCUGAAACAACAACAACAGCAACGGCAGAACGAGACGCUUUCCCCUGCGACGCCUUCAACGGCCGAUCUGCGCCGUUACGAGUGCCCAGAAUGUGGAAAGGCAUUCUUUUCGUACCAGGCCCUCGGCGGCCACAAAAGCAGCCACCGGAAGCGCCGCUGGGCGCAGGAGCAAGAAUCGCCGUAUCUGAUCUCAUUCCCUGGGCUAAUGCCGCUUCUUCUGCCUCCGCCGGAGGAAAAGCAGUCUUCGCUUUCGUCCCCGGCGCUGAAACAAGAACAGCAGCGGCAGAACGAGACGCUUUCUCCUGCGACGCCUUCAACGGCCGAUCUGCGCCGCUACGAGUGCCCAGAAUGCGGAAAAGCAUUCUCUUCGUACCAGGCACUCGGCGGCCACAAAAGCAUCCACCGGAAGCGGCGGUCGCCCAGCGCCUCCAAGACAGAAAAGCAGAGACGCGUCAAGGCGAGAAGAGCAAUGCUAUGCCAUCGAUUUCACUGA